ACGUGCGCCAUCUGGUUCACCUUCAGAAUCAGAACAACUCGUCCUUCGGCUUGUUUUGCCGCCGACGUCACUGUGUGAGAAUGAGAAGGCAAGUCCGGUGACUGAGGAGCAGUUGAUCCGCCGCCACAAAUCGUGUUGUACCGCUCGUCUCUGAUCCUUCAACAAGGAACUGUGAGCGGCUUCUCCUCCGGCCAAAGAGUGACCCUCCUAACCGCCGAGAACCAACUAUCGCUUUCUGCUGCCGCAUAAUCCUCCUUGCGCGGCUUUGCUUCUGCCACAGUCUUCUCCGUCACAGCUCCGCCAAAGAUCACCGCGUGCAAGUUCAAACCUUUCGCCCUUGCUUCGAUCUUCGAAGCUAUUGGUUGCAUCGCAAUAGAAUUUUGCUCGGCUCUUCCAAGUCAUCUUCGUCUUUUGCUUCUGGUCUCUUGAAGAGGAAACCAUCGAUGUUCACCAAUGACCAGAGACAACAAGAGCGAACUGGAAAAUAUGGAAGUCCUAGAUUUCAAUACCUUCAGGAACUGGUGUCUCAGUUUCAGAACACAGCCGAUGAAGAAGCAAAAGAGAGGAUUUUGGCAAAUUUGGCCAACUUCGCUUAUGAUCCUUACAAUUAUAACUUUUUGCGACAGCUUAAUAUUUUGGAACUCUUCCUGGACUGCAUGACUGAACCCAAUGAAAAACUUGUAGAGUUUGGUGUUGGAGGCAUCUGCAAUUCUUGUGCUGAUCAGGCAAAUGUUGCUGUUGUAAGUAAGUUUGGUGGCAUACCUCUUAUCAUUCAAUGUCUAUCAAGCCCAGUCAGGAACACUGUAAAUUAUGCACUUGGAGCACUUUAUUAUGUGUGUAAUGAAUCUAACAAGGAAGAGAUUUUAAAACCAGAAGUUAUUGAUGCCAUCAAGAGGUAUGCAGCAGCUGAAGAAGUUAGUGCAAGCUUCAGUAAUCUAGCUAAAGCUUUCCUAGACAAACAUCUAUCUGAGAACUAGAAUUUACUAUUCAAUAUCAGUGAGACUAUCCUGUAUAAGGUUAUUUUCUGGCUUAUAACUUAAUUACUCUACAAUGUUCACUUUGGUUUAAGUUCAAUUAGCAUUUAUUCAAAUUAUAUAGUCUUGUGAACAACAUUAUUUAAUUGAUACUGAGAGUUGAUAUUUUGAAAGGAAAGGAAAAGAAAGGAAUGGGUUGUUGAGUAAAAGAAUCAAUUUUAUUCUUCAAGUGAUUCCUUUCAUCCGUUUCCAUCUUAGACCUCAA